GUACUACUAGAGGAAGAGAACUCCCCUAGAUUCCUGCCUACACUUACAUUAUUUGAUGAGAGUUGGUCAAGUACCUUAAGCUAUCAUUGUAGUUAGAAGGCAACCAAAAAAGGGUAUUUACGUAAUUUAAUACACCAUGCUUUGCCAAAGUUUUUAUAUAUAGAGGUCAUUUCUAACACCCCUUAACUAGGAAUAUGAACUAGACCAAAAAUAAAUAAAAACCUUCUCUUCUUCCCUCCUUUUUCUUUGUCCUUGUUAAAAAAGUAAAAAGAAGAAAUAAAGAAGAAAUAAAAAUCUUCGUCCCUCCCCACAUGGAAAAAGAGUUAGAUCAUCAAAAAGAGCUCCAACUUCUGCCACCCCCACCUCCUCAUCCCGCUCCCUCAUCCUCCUCACGUGCUCUCCCUUGGUUCCAUCACCACUGUAAUCGAUCGCGGCCGCCUUUGUACCGGCCGCCUUACUCCAUCGACAACGGUGGUGAUGACGAUAUUGAUCAUCAUCAUCAUCAUGGUCAUGGGAGUGCCCAGAGUGGGCCCUCCCUAGACUUGAAACUCUCAAUAAGCCUAGAGCCAGCCGAGGCAGCCGAUUACGGCUGUAUCGACGCGCUCAAGUGGCAGGCGGCCGAGCAAAUACGGCUGGCUGCCAUUGAGAAGGCAUACGCUGAGCGAGUUAGAGAGCUAACUCGGAGAGAGAUAGAGUUAGCUCACUCCGAGUUCGCUCGAGCUCGAGCCAUGUGGGAUAAGGCUAGAGAAGAAGUUUGUAAGGCGGAAAGACUUAGGGAUACGGCUACUACUUGCAUGGGCGAGAUCACUUGCCACACCUGCAGGCAAAGUCCUCCAAGCUUUUACGAGAUGGGUUAAGAUUACGAAUGCAAACUUUUACAAGAAAAGCUUGUUUAGCCUUAAAAAGUCUCAAGAGAAGAUCAACGACAAUAGUUUGGCAACGCAUGUUGACCCAAUAUUUUGAUGAUUCUCCAUUAGAAAUUGCUACCCCAUGCACAAGAUCAUGUCUUAAUUGCAUAUGUUAUUUUUUUCUUAACAAUGCCACAAUUGUGUAUGUAGUUCAAAGCAUUUAGAGAAUUUAUUCAAUAAAGGAAUGAAUAAUCCUUAAAGUUGACAAAGAAGUGAAUUAAAAAGUGAUUUUUUGACAAAAAUAAUUAAGUCAUGACAUAUCAAUGACAAAUUGUGUGGAAAA